UUGACAACCACGUCGGAUUCAACGUACAGGGCCCACCAACACUCGUUUAUCUUCCCUGUACCCAAAGAUUUGACUAACCUUUAUAUCGGCGUGAAGUUGGGACGUGUUGAUCCCCCCAAUGUUCCUCGUGCCCUUCCCAUCAUGACCCAAAAUAUGGAGACCGUUGCCUCCCGUCUUGCCAGUUUCGACCUGGUGUUGCAGCCGGAGAAGCGAAGAAAUUCAAGCACAAAGGCCGCAGAACCGAUCGCUUGGCCUCAUAGGAGUCCUUCGCCGACUGAGUUGGCGCAUGCGGGCUUCUAUUACCACCCUUAUGAGACGAAUCCCGAUAAUACAGUAUGCUAUUUGUGUCGGAGGGCCCUCGAUGGCUGGGAGGAAGAGGAUAACCCGGUCACGGAACACCUGAAGCAUUCGAGUGAUUGUGGGUGGGCGAUUAUGAUGGACAUCCAGCAGCAUAGCUCCAAUCCCGCCGAGAUCCAAGACCCGACGAGUGAGCAAAUUUUUCAGGCCAGGCUCGCGACCUUCAACACGGGGUGGCCCCACGAUGGAAAGCGGGGGUGGACAUGCCAGUCUGAGAAGAUGGUGGAAGGCGGGUGGUAUUUCUGCCCCAAUGAGGAAAGCAAUGAUCUAGCCAGCUGCCCCUAUUGUAAACUGUCUCUCGAUGGAUGGGAGCCGAAAGAUGAUCCUUUUGAUGAACACUACCGCCGAUCCGCCGAGUGCUCCUUCUUUGUCUUCGCGCAACCUCCUGGCAAGAAGGGGAAAGGAUCCCGCUCUAAGAAGGGACGCGGGUCAAAGGUGUCUCGCUUGUCAACGCAGUCGACUGUUUCGGAAGCACCCUCGGAUCUCGACAGUGUGAUGGACCAGAGCAUCAUUUCGCAACCAUCUACCACCAAGACGAAAAGCACAAAGAAAUCCAAGUCGAAAACAAAGGAUGCACGUUCCAAGAAAGACGAAGAGGCCGACAGCCAUAUGGAUCUCGAUGCUCCUGAAAUUACGGAGCCUGUUGCAGAGCCUGAGCCUCCAAAAGCCAAACGAGCCACUCGAGGCAAGAAGAGAACAAGCGAAGACGUGCAGAUGGACGACAUGAACAUUGCGCGCGGGGAAAGCGUGGAAGAUACCGGGCGACCAUCGAAAAAGCGAAACACCAGAUCUCGGGCCAGUUCCCAACCGGUUCACGACUACGAUAAUGUCGAGUCAAUGGUCACUGAUCAGGGCCAAGUGGAUAACCGAGAAGAGGCCCAAGAGGCCCAAGAGAUCCAAGAAGUCCAAGAAGCCCCCAAGAAAGGCCGCGGGGCAGGCAAAAAGAAAGGAAGUGGGAAAGGCCGUAAAGCAUCAUCCGCAUCGUCAACGUCGAAAACCAUACCGCAAGAAGAGGAGCCUGAAGAUUUGGAGAUCACUGCGGCCAUCGAGGCCGAUCUCGAGCAGGACCAUGUCGAGCCGGUCGAGCCGGUCGAGCCCACCCCAGAGGUGACAGAGAAGCCCGCGAAGAAGUCGAAGAAGAAGGGCAAGAAAAAUGAGACGGCAACCGAGGAAACCGGGGCGGCAUCAGAAAAGAAGCAUGAAACGAAGGAACUGGCACAUGUUGACGAGUCGACCAAGCCGGGAAGACGCCAGAAAGCACGGGCUUCAAAUGAUCCCCAAUCGACUGGCCGGGCUCACACCGAGACACCUGCGCCAACAUCCCCUCCACGGGACACGCAUGAACGAGUUGAGGAAGACACGAAGAUGGAGCUUCACGAAUCGUUCGUCUCGGUGGAGAUCCCCGCGCGAAAAUCAGAUCAACCCGCCGAGGUGGAGACCAGCCAGAAACCCAAGAAAGAAUCCAAAAAGGGUUCCACAGGCCGGGGGAAGAAAUCUAAGAAGACAGAGGAGGCCUCUACUGAACCAAUUGCACCGGCUGUUGCGCCGCCUCAGCCCCAACAAGAUGAUGAUGCGGAGGAGCCCAGGAAACGGAAGAGUUCCCGGAAGCAGAAGUCCGCGGACCACGAUCUCGAACAACGCGAACCAGACGGGCCACCUCAAAAGGAAGAAGCACAAGAACCGGAACCUGAACGGCGGACCUCACGCCGUAGGUCGUCUAUGGCCCCUCCGAAGACGACAGAACGAUAUAGCGACAUUCCGCAGGAGGAACACCUUGCGGAGGCCCUCGUGGAGUCCCGCCACUCCAAUAGCAGCCAUCGACAAUCUGGCGGCAGCGAUCCUUCUAGCAACAUAGCCCAGAAAGAACGUGACGUAUCACCUCUUCCUGCCUCGAAGAGUUCGCCAUCCAUGUCACCGCAAUCCUCCGAUGCCGAAAACCGGCCUCCGUCUCUGAGACCGACUGCGUCUCGGCCGCCAGUGUUGUCUCCUUCCAAGCCCACCCCGGGGCGACUUCCCCUGGCGCCCAGUACACCUUCACCUAUCAAGAAGUACGCCAACCGGGGAGGCAUCGACACGGCUCAUGCAUGGCGGCCAGCUGAUGUGGAUGAGAUUCUUCUUGCCAGUGGUAGCGACAAAGAAAACCUCGACCUGCACGCUGCCCUCAAGGACAUCAAGGGUGAACUAACGAGCGAAGAGAAGAAGAUGACGGUCGCGCAAUGGAUCCAGUGGAACGCCAAGAACGGCGAAGAGCGACUCCGACGCGAAUGCGAACGACUGGUCGGACAGUUUGAGAAAGAGGGGGCACGAGCGAUGCGUGCCCUGGAGGGCAUUGAGUGCAGUGAAUGAGCGCAAGCUCCUGCGCAUGACUUUUUAUACCAGUGGUGUCAGGCAAGGGGCAUGGACCGGGGGGGGCGGCGUUAGAUGAUCUUUUUUUUCUGCUUAUUUUUGUGAUUGGAG